UUCCAACAUCUGGCAUGAUUGUUCCAACAGUUACCAUCCAAGUAGUAGAAGGAAACAGAGCCAAACACAAGCCUUACUUGAAUCUCCAGGGAUACAUGCUUGGUAAUCCAGUAACAGAUUUACAUAAUGAUGAGAAUUCAAGAGUUGAAUAUUUCUACCGAGUGGGACUCAUAUCUAAUGAGCUAUAUACGGCUGCUACAACGUACUGUGUCGGCGAAUAUAUAUCACCAAAUAUAAGCAAUGCUGAUUGUAUGGAUACCAUUCAGCAUAUUGCAGAGUGCACUUUAAAGAUAUGUGACGCACAAAUACUGGAACCUAAGUGCACUCUUGCAUCACCAAAACCAAAGGGCUUGAAAUGGGGACGCAAAUUUUUUGAUGACACUCCCAUCGACAUUGCUUUAUCAUCAGAAGAAGUCCCUGAUAAUUGGUGCCGGAAUUCAAAUUAUGUACUCUCUUACAUCUGGGCAAAUGAUGAAGGCGUACAAGAGGCACUUCAUAUCCGAAAUGGUACAAUAACAGAUUGGAAGAGGUGCAACAAAACCUUGGCUUAUGAGUAUGACUUAUUGAGUACUGUCUUUUAUCAUAAAGAACUACUUACAGCUGGCUACCGAGCUCUGGUAUAUAGCGGUGACCAUGACAUGCUAAUUCCUUACACUGGUACAGUCACAUGGAUUAACUCCCUCAACUUAACCAUGAGUGAUGGUUGGAGACCUUGGUUUGUUGAAGGUCAAAUAGCAGGGUUGGUUUCUAAAUUUGAAAAUUUAUUUUAAUUGUGGUCAGAUCAGUUAC